AUGGAAGUUGAAAACAGAAUAAGGAUAGAAACGGGAAGGAAUAUUCCGAUGAGGUUCGAGAGGUUAGCGGCGGCGUUUGAAAGUAACGAGGUGGCGCGUGUGAGGUUAUGCGAAAGCAGUGGGAGCGAGCACUCGGCUGGUGAAGAGUCAGCUGAUUUAUCAGAUCUUGUAAAAUCGUUCAUGGAGAAGAAUUCAGUGAAAGAAGAUUCUAUUGUUAAUGAUAACGAUGAUGGAGAGUUGGAGUGGUAUGAUUAUUCGGAGAAAAAGAAGAUAUUACAAGAGAUUUUUGAUGAUUUUGCUUAUGAUAAUGUGAAAGAAAAGAUAAGAAGAGAGGUUGAAGUUGCAUAUGAGCUUGUCGGUGGAGAUAGAUCUUCGUCGGAAUUCAAACGCCUUGUGAUGUCACGGUUGCGGGAGAGAGGUUUUGAUGCUGGUAUUUGCAAAACAAGGUGGGAAAGAAAUAGAAAAUUUCCAUCGGGUGAUUAUGAGUACAUUGAUGUGAAUUAUGGCGGAAAUAGAUACAUAGUUGAAAUAUCACUUAUGGCUGAAUUUGAAAUAGCUCGUCCUAUACAUCAAUACGCUUCUUUGCUUGAUGUGUUCCCUUUUGUAUUUGUUGCUAAAGUGGAAGACCUGAAAAAGCUUGUGAGGUUGAUGUGCACUGCUAUCAAAGAUUCAAUGAAGACUAUGGAAAUGCAUACACCUCCAUGGAGAAGAAAUAGUUACAUGCAAGCUAAGUGGUUUAACUCUUAUAAGAGAACAACUAAUCAGGUGCCAACAACUAAAUCUAUUGGAUUUCAACCAUACAAUUGCACCCACAAUUUU